GGAGCCCAGCUCCCAGCCGGCUUCCGCGCAAUGUCUAUUUUAAGCAGAUUUCCCACAAGCCCCGCGAGGAGGAAGAGAGGGGAGGAAAAGGGAAUGAAAGAGCAGCCGAGGCAGAAGAUGCCGCGGGUGGUGGAGUAAAUCGGCACCAUCUUACCAGGCACCGCCCGCCUGGCUGGCUGGCUGGCCCGGGUUUGCUGCGGCGCGGGGCGGAGAACUCGCUGCCUGCCUGGGAUUAAAGGGAUGCGCGUUCGAAUCCCGGCACCUGGCCAAGGGAGAGCGAGGGGCAGGCCGGGCUGCAGCGGGAAUGCCCCGGCAGUGAGGAGGCUGCAGGGGGCAUGGAGGACGACUUGGCUUCCGAGGACGACACUCUGCUUCUUUCGGAGAAAGAGUUUCAUGAUGCAGCCAGACAAAAUAACACAGGACGGAUGGAACAGCUGAUCAAGAGGGGAGUGGACGUCAAAGCCAAGAAUAAUAUAGACAGGACAGCUCUCCACUGGGCUGCAGGAGCUGGUCACGAGCAGGCAGUUCGCCUUCUCUUGGAGCACGACGCCUCCGUGAACGACAACGACAGCUUUGGGAUGAACGCCCUCCUCCUGUCGGCUUGGUUCGGCCACUUGCGUGUCCUUCAGAUCCUCGUCAAUGCUGGUGCCAAUAUCACCUGUGCAAACAAGAAUGAUCAUAACUUGCUGCAUUGUGCAGCCCAAAGAGGUCAUAUCAAGGUCAUCGAGUUCAUCAUGGAAGACCUCGAGGACAUGCGGCUGGAUAGGAAAGAUAAGGUGGACAGAACUGCAUUGCAUCUGGCUGCAGAAAAUGGGCAACUGGAGGUAGUGGAGUUCUUGAUUCGCUCAGGUUGUGCCCACAGCAUCAAAGACAAGGAGAAGAACACGGCGCUCCAUUUAGCUGCCAAGAAUGGUCAUGCAGAGGUACUGCAGAAGCUCUUAGAAGUAGAAAUGAGCCUCGAUGAGAAGAACGUGGAAGGCUUGAGUGCCUUGCACUUGGCUGCUGAAGGUGGAUAUCACAAUUGUGUGAAGCUACUUCUGGAAGCCGGUUGUGAUGUCAAUACCCAAACUCAGAAAAAGAUGACCUGCCUUCAUUACGCUGCACUGAAUGGCUAUGAAGAUAUGGCCAGGAUCCUCCUUGAUGCAGGAAUCCACACAGAUGCACUGAAUUACCAAAACGCAUCAGCUAUGCACAUCGCGGUGCUACAGAACCAUCCAGCCAUUGUUAAGCUCCUGAUUGAUGCUGAAUGUGAUCUGGAUAUCCUUGAUAAUAGGCAGCAGAGCCCACUGCAUAUAGCUGCAGAGAAUGGGAGACAGGACAUUGCUGAGAUGAUUCUUAUCGCUGGAGUGAACUUAAAACUAACAGACAAGCAAGGUAAAACAUCCCUAGAUAUUGCUGCCCGUGGGAACCACAUCAACUUGGCUGACAUGAUCAUCAAAGCGGAUAGGUUUUAUAAAUGGGAAAAGGAUAAUCUGAACAGCGACUCUGACUCCUGGGUAGCCAAGCACGUAACCUUCAAGCAGGACCACCGGAUGGAGACGCAGCACAUCCGCUCCGUCAUGUGGAGGCUCGCAACCAAAUACCUCAAACCCAGCGAGUGGAAGAAGCUGGCACAUCACUGGAAGUUCACAGAGGCUCAUAUCAGAGCAAUUGAACACCAGUGGACAGGCAGCAAAAGCUACACAGAACACGGACAUAGGAUGUUGCUAAUUUGGCUUCAUGGCAUAAUUAUGGCCGGGGAAAACCCAAUCAAAGGACUGUACGAAGGCCUCGUGGGCAUCGGGAGGAGAGAUUUGGCAGAAAGCAUCAGGAAACAAGCAAAUGCAGACUCUACUUCGCCGAGGAAAUGUACUGCAAUGUGACACCAGCAAGAGCCCAGGAAGGCCCCUGCCUUUUGCUGCUUCAGAAGUUUCACUCCAGAGCUGCAUCAAGCAAAACGGAGUAUUUUUGAACUAUUGGCCAAAAGGUACCCAUAACCUGUCUCCAAGGGCUUAUUGCCAUAACCAAUGGCAACCUUUUCUACUCAAGAUCAGGUAAAAAUGCAAGUUUUACGUCAGCAGAUUCUACUCACAGCGUUCUUGUAGAAAAGGGAAGGCUUGAUUCAGUACUUUCUCAAAACGUGGGAGACUGGGAUGUGAAAUAUACAUCUCCAGGUCUGAGACAAAGGCUGCAAUCUUAAGGUUACUUACACGGAAGCCCCAUUAAAUACAAAUUACUCAUGAGUAAAUGUUGUUAGCGUAUAAAAGGGCAAGUGUUUUUUAUACUGGAAAAUCUCACUGUGAAGUAAAGACUCUACUUGUCCUUCUAGGACAGCCACAACUGCAGCAAACAGUUGUGAUUAAGUUUCACUAGAGAAUAACUUCAUCUCCUGUUUCACCACUGGGGGCUGGUUUGAGAGAGACGCUAGUACCCUCUCUUGCUAGUCAGGUCCUAGUGGUCCAUGUUUAUUUUUCAGCGUAAACCAAUUUGACCCUUUGCAUGCAAGUAUAAUUUUUUUACAGUAAUUUUACAAUAAUUGUAUGCAUUCUUAGCCAGCCCACCCCUCACCUCCCUGACUGUCUAAGGUUUUGUUCCCAUGAUUCCUUCUCCCACUGCCCAAGCCUAAACAGAGAAAAAGAAGACCAAACACCUGGUCAAGCCAAGAUUAGGCAUUUUUACGUUCCACUGACUUUAGAGAGACAGAAUCAGAUCUGUGCUUGAAGUUGGUUGGAUUUUGGCCUAGGACAACUGUCAGAAACCUUUUCCCUUCUUGAGGUCCAUUUGGACAUAAGAACGUAAGAGCCUGGCUGCUGGAUCAGGCCAGUGGCCUACCUAGUCCAGCAUCCUGUUCUCACAGUAGCCAACCAGAUGCCCAUUAUGGGAAGACCACAAGUUGGAUGUGAGCGCAACAGCACUCUCCCCUCCUGUGGUUUCCAGCAACUGGUAUUCAGGAACACCCUGCCUGUGACUGCAGAAGCAAAACAUGGCCAUCAUGGCUCGUAGCAGUCUUUUGCGGGCUACAUGUCAGAGGUAAAGAGUGGGCAGAGAAAUGGAUGUGACUCUUACCUUUUUACAGUAGGCUGCAUUCCACAUGCACCUCUCCAUCCAGGUAAGCAAGAGUGUUCAAGGACAGAUUCCAACUAGCCAAAAGCAUUUAGGGAGGGUCGGGGGCAGAGCCAGCGCCUGGGGAAAGAGGCCCAAGGACUGGAUAGAAAAACCUGGAGAGUCACAUGUGGCCCCUGGGCCUAAGAGUUCUCCAUCCACUGGCCCUAGCUUGUUGACAGUUUUCUAUCAGCUAGAUUUUUGUUGACCACAGCAAUGAUAUGCUCACUCCCUUCAUUAAAGCAGAAACCAGUGCCCAGGAAGCCGGCUUCUACCAUGUCAGACCCAACUAGCUCAGGAGAGUCUACACUGAUUGACAGCUGCUCUCCAGGGUCUCAGGCAGAGAUCUCUCCCCUCCCCCUGAGAUGCUGAGUAUUGAACCUAGGACCUUCUAGAUGAAAGGGAAAUACUCUUUAACACUGAGCUACAGCCCUUUUGCAGUAGAAAGGGGCAUCUUGCAGGGCUUGGUUGUAUCUGAGAAAAUGUGAAGUUGCAACAACAGAAGUUGCAAUAAUACCAACAAAUCUCCCAGUUGCACAUCCACUCCAUGUUUUCAACCAUCAGAAUGCCCUUCAGCAGUGUAUUUUGUGUAAUGUUUGAAGCAGCUCUCCUCUGUACUCAGGUGUGGCACAAGACCACAGUGCCUGGUAAACGCUGGUCAGCUGCUGUGCUGGGUUCAGGCUGUAGCUUCAAACUUUCAGAAGGAUACCCAAACCUGAUUGGC